GUAGGAUAAAUGGCAGACAAGCAUUGUUCUGUAGACCAUACAUCCCUCAAUUUAGCUUAGUGUAGCUCACCAUGCAUACAUACAAAACACAGACAGGCUUGGGUAAUCCAUUUGAAAUGCUCCCCCACUGUUUGAAUACUCUAAUCUCAACCUAAGCACUCUGGUAUGUGAGAAAGUUAUUUGCAUGGGUUUUGGGGGGUUACUGAAGCAUCCUAAAACUUUGUAUACACAAACUGCACUAUUGGUCAGUCAGUAUUGUAUUAGCACAGGGAAGUACUACACAUUGAGGAUUCUCUCAUUGGCUGUGUUUUGUUAUACUACAACUACAAGUAGAAUGAAGUAUCUGUGCCACCUAUGUCCUCGCCACCUUUACCUCUAAACAUUGUGGAAUAUUCAUUGGAUAUAAACAGUGGUCUUCUUCUCAUGUAUUAUACUAGUUAACAACAGAGUAAAGUCAUAUCAGAAGAAAUCAAGAUGGGAAGACUCAAAAAAUUUUUCUUUGGCGGAUCCAGCAGCAAGCACAAGCGGCGUAACAGUGCCGACGAUUCCCACGCUGGACCGAGUACCCCUUCAUCGUCAUCAGUGGCAUCACCUUCACCGUCACAAGGACCACAGCGUAAGAGUCGAUUACGCCGCUCUCUGAGCAUGAAGCGGUUACGGAGGAGUUUUCGUAGCAAGGAUACGUCCUACGUGCCCCCAGCUAGCAAGCCACACCAAUGGCAGCAAGAUGAGAAGCUGGUCAGGGGAGGGACUUGUAACUUUACUGUCAAGUAUCUUGGUUCAGUAGAGGUAGGAGAGUCUAGAGGCAUGCAAAUAUGCGAGGACGCUGCCAGACAAUUGAGGAUGAGUACAAGAAAAAAACUGCGGGCAGUUCUGUGGGUUUCAUCAGAUGGAUUGAGAGUAGUUGAGGAAGAGAGUAAAGGCCUUAUUGUUGACCAGACUAUAGAAAAAGUGUCCUUUUGUGCACCAGAUCGCAACAAUGACAAGGGGUUCUCCUAUAUCUGCAGAGAUGGUACUACAAGGAGAUGGCUAUGCCAUUGCUUUCACUCACUACGAGAACCUGGUGAACGUCUGAGCCAUGCCGUGGGUUGUGCAUUCGCAGCAUGUCUGGAACGCAAGCAACAGAGGGACAAGCUGUGUGGAGUCAAGGUAGAGUUUGAUGUAAACAAGACAAGCUUUACCAGACAAGGAUCCUUCAGAGUACCUACUAUGACUGAGGCUAUGGAUGCAGCUGAAGCACGUAAUGCUACAGAAGAGAAGGAAAAUGAAGAAAUUCCUACAGAAAAGGACAAGGCUCCAUUGCCUCAUGCUAUCCCAAGACGACAUGCUAGCAGUGAUAUGUUGAUCAGGCAAGGUUCUGUACGCCUUGGUAAAAUCAAUGAAGCUACACCAUUUAAGCGUCAACUCUCCCUCAGGCUUAAUGAAUUGCCUUCUACGUUGCAGCGCCAACAGCAAGUUCUACAAACUCACCCAGAAGUAUCACCGCCCACAUCACCACAAGAAACACCAACCAAAACACCAACAACCAAUGGUCACUCUACUCUGAUCAACGGUAGCCAAGUGGAUCAGCAGAACCAAGAAUCUAUAUCAACAGCAUGUGCUCAGCUAUCUGCUGGUCUAUACCAACUCUCUGAACAUGAGGAAGCUGCUGCUGCUGCUACUCCUCCACCAGUCCCUCAAAGACCUAAUGUAUCACAGAGGAUACCCACAGAGAGCAGGACUCAUCCUCUACCUCAACCUGGUAUACUUAGACCUGAACCAGGCCCUAUCAAACAGAAGAACCCCUGGGAAGGAUCACCAAUGGCAAGCUCUACAGGACAACCAACCCCUCCACCCCGCCCCAAACCAGCACCAGGCCUCACCCAGAUUGCACCAGUGCCAGGUACAGCCAUCAACCCUUGGGCAGGAGUCACCCCUCCCUCACUCAAUCCAUCUAGUAAGCAGAAUGACCAAUGGUCAUCAUCACCCAUGGUCAACCCUAUUCCGUAUGGAGGUGCUGCUGUCAAUGGUCAACAGGUAGCAUCUGUCCAGGUACAUGGAGGAGCCAUGCCUAUCCAAAAUGGAGUCGGUAUGCAGCCUCAGCCAAUGUCUGCUAACUUCAACAAUGCCAACAACAUGGCUAUCCAGCAACAGCAGUAUAACCAAGGAGCUGGAGGUAUCGGUGGAACAUGGACAGCCGAUCUGUCAAGGACUUUACCACAAAAUGUGUAUUCUACAAAUCAACAACCUUCUUCUUGGUCUGGCCCUCAACCCAACCAACCAUCACAGCCGCCUGCAAAUAAUCCAUUUAACAAUGCUGUCAAAACCUUUGAAAUCAACCUAUGAGGAUGUAGAAGAAUAACAUCCCACAUAGCACAUACAAGAAAGACCUGCUGCCUUACAGAUGCAUAUGGACAGUGUGUCUUCAUUGCUGGGCACAGUAGAAGUGAAUUUUCUAUUAAAUCAAUGCAUUUGAUGUUUAGCUUCUAUUCCACCUUUAUACCAACAACUGUUCAGUACUGUUUGUUAUCAAUGCUUGAAAUACAUCCCUUUGACCCAUCUUUGGCUGGUGACAACCCUCAUCACUGUGGUAUUGCCAUAGAAUUCAUAAAUGAAAAAUGGAAAUUUUGAGAGAUAUUUAAAUUAUUAAUUAUAAGAUAACAGAGCAGUACACUAAAAGCAAAGUAAGUCUUAACUAUUCGGAAUUCCUUUUAUAUUGUUGUAUUGAUAUCAGAUGUCUGCAAUCAAACUUAAAGCACAAAUUGCUCAUUAUAUGCCCUGAAUAUCACUUUUCCAUUGUGCAUGAUGAGGAGAUAGGCAAAUUCAUGAAAGAGAAAAUGUUCAAGUUUAAUCCUAAUUAGCUAUUUCUGCAUAGAUGUUCUAUUUAUCAUAGGAACUUCAAACGUCAAGAGAGCAUAAAGUAUGCUGUGUACAAAUAUUUACAAUGCAAGGUUUUGCAGUUUAUGAGAGCAAUUUGUAUUCAUUCAUAUAAAGUACAAAUACAUUUUACUUUAUCCCCCCUUUUAAACUGAAAAGUAUGAAAAGGUGAUUAUUGGUGUUCUUCGAGUGUGGACUAAUACCAAAUUAAACAAAAAUUUCGUUUGCAUUUUUAUAGAAUGCUGGGCUUACAUUCAUUAUCCAUGACAAAGAUAAAUACUUCAGAUAAUUCUUUUGUUCUUAUUUUUGCUCAUUUUGGUACACCUUAUUUCACACAUUUCAUACAGAGUAUGUACCCUGUGAAUUAGAAAAAACACUAUUGAAAAGUUGAAUGAAAUAAAAAGAGAAUACAAACAGUCUUGAUUAAGUAUAAAUAUUGGCCUUCUAAAAAUUAUCAAUUAUUUAAUUUCAUUAAAUGGAUAAAGAAAACUUCCAGUGUUUGGUGCAGUACCCAGUUGAUAUUGAAUCGAAGAGAUGUAUUCAGUAUGUCACAUGUGAAAUGCCAAUGAUAAAGGUAAUCUUAUUUAUUUAUAAGUUUAUUGAAAUCAUCUUGUUUAAAUCCAUGGGUGGCAGUACUAAUCGAUUGUUAUUGUUAUUCUUAGCUCAUGUAUGGUAUGAAUGCUUCACUUCAUGAAAAUUACACUUUUUAGUUAUACAACAUCAGAGGAGUGUUUCAUCAAUAUUUUUGUCUGACAUGUUGUCGGAUCUGACAUCUUUCCUUGAUUCUGAUUGGCCGAGAGGCACUGUUAUACCUCGGUCACAUUUGCUCUACGGCGGCCGUACGGCAAAUCGAAAACAGCCGUUUUAUUCAUUUUUAUUCAAACCACCUAUAUGUAGCUGGUACAAAAAAAGAGGUAUUACUGUGGUAACUGUCAGAUAAAAUGUCUGACAGUCCUUCAUGAAACACUCCCCAGAUGUCACAUAGUAACAAAGAUAUAAUACUGGGGGUCAUAUGAUUGUGAACUGAGGGGUUCACUUGAAUUCAUUGUGAAAGGAAAAGUGCAUAGAUGCUUAUGUAAUUUAUAGAAAAAAAAAUGAUGUAUUCAAUCUUGUUUUUAAUGUAUGGAUAUCGCUACAAUACAUGUCUACAAAGAUCAGAAUGUUUUAACCGUUUUUAAUUUGUACGCUGCUUCAUCUUAAAAAUUGUAUAUGUUUUAUUACCUUAUAAUUUAUGUUAUUGAUUUGUGAAUUAGUUUAAAGGGAGAUUUAAGUUAUGGAACUGAUGGAAAAUCUGGUAUUAUGGUGUUUUUCAUAGGAUUGUUCAUGAAAGUAGGAUUGUAUUGUGAUCUUUCACAUUUAGCAGUUAACUUUGUCCUAACUGAGAUCUUUGAGUUUUUGAUGACUAUUUGACAUUUUUAAAUAAGUAGAGGCUCAUAGAAUAUCAAAGAGUUUGGUGUCUUGCAAGAAAUAUUUGUAAGAUGCAGCCAAUGACACAUCAUAUUUACAUAUUGACCCUCUACUGUUGGUGUGUAGAAGUUCAUCUUUAACAGAUAAGAUGUGGUUUACAUAUACUGUACAGUGUUAUGUAUGAAAAAUAUACAUAGAAAGUAUAUAUUAGAUUUAUUUUAUGACCCACUUAUACAUAUAUAUAUAUUCUUUUACUUUUCAUUUGCUAUGAAACAUGAGCAUGUAUGUUUUAAUGCUGGCGUAUAUAAUUUCCCUUUAAUUUAAUGUGCAAGGAUUUAUUUGUUUUCAGUUGAUGUGUGCAGUGUGAUCUCCAGUUUUACAUACUUUCAUUCAGAAGAAAUAGUGAUCAAUGUUGUGUCAUGUACCUGUUAAUAAUUGGUUAGCAUUUCUUGCAGAUUGAAAGUAUUCAUUGGUCCCAGCAUGCCCAUGUUUAUUGUAUUCAGACUACUUGAUCAUUGUUAUCAUCACUGUUAAAAAAAAACAUAUCAGUUGAAACUUGGUUUCUAUUCUUGUGGCUUUUUCAAAUAAUACAAAACCUUUCAAGCAUUUAAGUGUACCUUUGAUUAUUUUCCUUAAUUUUUCACCAAAAAGUACUAUGAAGAAUAUGUUUUCUAUCACAACAUGUAUUCAAUUUGAAUAUGUAUGCAUAAGACAGUGAUUUUAUCUUGUGAAAAGUUUCAAUCAAAUGCAUUAUGUACAUAAUGUCAUUCUGUGAUGUAAACAAAUGUUGAGAAUGUAGUAUACAUGUAUAUUGUCCAUACUGAUCUCAUAAAAUGUCUUGAUACCAAUACAUUAUUGAUUCAUUACCCACAUUGGCACAAGAGUUGUCAUAGGUUAUAUUAUGUGGUCUGAUAUCUGUAACAUGAGAGCUUUCACAAGCAUCAAUGCUGACACAUUUCAAAAUGGCUUCUCAUCUCCCUGGUUUAACCUUGAAAUCUUGAGAAAGAAAUAAUGUUCAAUCGGUUAGUGUAAAGACAUGGUUUUAUUUUUGCUCAAAUCUCUACUUGACCCUCGAAUAGUGUUUCAUCUUUAUUUUUUAGUAAUACAAGUCCAUGAUGGGCUUCUUAGGUUCACAAAAAAGCAAUUUUCUUGCAAUUUGGUGGAUUCACAAUACGGUGCGCCAUCUAUCAGCUGCAGCGGACAGGCCAAAAUUCACAAUGCCUCAUGGGAAAAAGUUGACAUCUGUUGGGCACGCUAGUACUAAAAUGCAUGCUUUCAUGCGAUUUUCAGCGCUGGCCGAUACAGGAGGUGGGAUAGAAAUUCGCCCAUAUAUUUCUUUACAAAAUUAAGACCGUGUUUUGUGAAUUCUUGCCAUAUGGUUGUCAUUUUUGAAGCAUCACAGUCACAAUACAGGACACUAGCACUGUGUGCUACUUGCGCCAUGUCGACCCUGAAGUUUAAAAUUUGGUAUGUUUGCUGCAACUGAUAGAUGACGCACCAUAUUGCGUAUCCACCGAAUUGGAAUAAAUUAAUUAUUACUUUUCAUAAGCCAGAUGCGUGAUUUUGCCAAGGUUGUUUGAAAAAUAUCAGUUCCCCUAAAAUUACACUUAAUCACUAAAAGAGUUAAUAAGUAACAGAUUCGAUAUACAACACUCUUUGUAAACAAAACAACUAUUGUAGUUGAAAUAACUGCGAAGGGAAACACUUAAUAUACAUGUACAGUAUGUAUAUAAUGUCUUCAACUGCUUUAACUUGGUGAGCAUGUUCACAUAUUGCUUUUUCUUCUGUGUAAUACUGUUUUCCCUUCAGCUUAUACAAAAUCACAUUCUAAAUGUGUUUGAACUUCUCUCUUCUGGUGAGUUGUCAUGAAAACUAUGUAUUGAGUGUUAUGUGUGGUUUAUAUAGGGAAAUUUUGAUGGAAGAAGUAUGAUAGAAUCCAAAGUACUAGAAAAUUUGUUUCUAAUCGUUAAGGAAGUAGUAUUUAGAUGAACCUUUCCCUUUAUGGACAGGAAAAUAUUCCUCAUUUUCUCUCUUUGAAAAAUGUAAAGGGCACAUUUGCAAGAAUUUGUAUUCAUUAAUCAUUGUCACUCAGUUGUCAAGCAGUAUUGACACAUUUUCAUAGGUUGAUAUGAUUUAUGCGAUAUUGAUUUUGAGCUUUGUUUUAUUUUUGUAGGUGUACAACAUUUGAUCUGCUUUGCUGAAAUUGAACCUACAUGUUAAAGAGACAUAAUUUGCAAAUAUGGAUAUAAGGAUCAACUGAAUGGCAUUGUAUUCAGUAACUUUUAUUGAUUUCUUUUCUUUUGUUCUGAAUUAUUAAGCACCAUUCAUUUUCUUUGAAACAGCAUGUAUAUACACUGCUUUCUCUAUUGAUUUGACUAUGCCCAUUCAUGUGAUGUACUAUUGUAUGUUAAGUACCCCCUCCCUAUAGUCAGUACCCAUUGAAUCCCCUUUCAUUCUCUCCUCAUUCAAUGUAAUAUUCUCUCUUUCUCUUUUCCUGUAAUGGAAUUCCCCUUUUUUCUAUUUACAUUAACUAGUGAUGAUAUGUAAAUACAUAAAAACAAUGUAUAAAUAAUCAUGAUAAAAGAUCAAUACUAUUUGUUAAAUAAAUAUAUGAAAACAAUUUCAA